GUUCUUCGCGACAACAUUCAGGGCAUCACUAAGCCGGCUAUCCGUAGGCUUGCGCGCCGUGGUGGAGUCAAGCGUAUUUCCGGGUUGAUCUACGAAGAGACCAGAGGUGUCCUCAAGGUCUUCCUCGAGAGUGUCAUUAAAGAUACUGUUACCUACACCGAGCAUGCUCGUCGGAAGACUGUUACCGCUCUGGACGUCGUUUACGCUCUGAAGCGCCAGGGCAAGACCUUGUACGGUUUCGGAGGUUAG